AAACUUUUUAAUAAUUUUUAUAUACUUACAAUAAUUAUAGUUUAAAUGGAAAAAUGUAUAAUGGAAUAAUACACUAAACUUUUUUUUGUUUGAAAAUAUUUGUUUAAAAAUUAUUGACAGUUAAUACAAUGCUAUCUCUUCUAUGUUUGUAAUCUGUGCCAUAUAUAACCUAAAAAGUAUAAACGUAUUUGAAGAUAAAAAUUUUAUUUAUUUAUUAAUUAUAACAUAAAACAAGUAAUUAUGAAGAUUAGAUAAAACAUUUACUAACAUAGAUAAAAAUAUACUAGUAAUAUUAAAUAAAUUUCGUAAUAAAUAUGUCUUCAAACGAUAUAGUAGUAGUUGGAUCAUGCAUGAUAGAUUUUGUUAGCUAUGCGGCAAGAUUACCUAAAUCAGGCGAAACCAUCCACGGAAAAGAAUUCGCUACUAAUUUUGGUGGUAAGGGGGCCAACCAAUGUGUAGCAGCUGCGAAAUUAGGAGGUGACGCAGCUCUCGUAGCACGGGUCGGUGAUGACGUCUGGGGCCCAAAAUAUAUCGAUAAUUUAAAUAAGCUUCGAAUAAAUACUGAUUUUGUUCGAAUAACGGAAGGUGUAUCAACAGGAGUAGCACAAAUUACAGUUUCUGAUUCGGGAGAAAAUCAAAUCAUUAUCGUAGCGGGUGCAAAUCAUUGUUUAACCGCAGCCGAUGUAGAGUUAGCUCAAGAUAUCAUUACAAAAGCUGCAGUUUUGGUACUGCAGCUAGAAACAUCGCAAGACGUAGCUAUUAGAGCUAUACAAUUAUGUAGGGGGAUAUCUAUUUUAAAUGGUGCACCAGCACUUGCAGACUUCAAUCCACAACUUUUAAAACUACCAACAAUUUUUUGUGUUAACGAAACUGAAGCUUCGGUUUUUACUGGGGGUUUACCGGUAAAUAAUAUUUGUGAAGCUCAAAAUGCUGCGUCUGCUCUCAUCAAAAAGGGAUGUAAUAGCGUUAUCAUAACAUUGGGAUCUCGAGGAGCUAUUUACGCAGAUAACAAAGAAAAAUUUCACAUUUGCAGUCCUACUGUGAAAAGUGUGGAUACUACCGGAGCUGGAGACGCUUUUAUCGGAGCUCUAGCUUUUCUUUUAGCUACCGAAACGAAUAUAUCUAUGAGACGAGCCGUAGAAAAAGCUUGUUUAGCCGCUAGCGAUAGCGUAACGAGACCUGGUACUCAAAUAAGUUUCCCGGGGCCGAGUAUAUUACAAUAAUUUUAUCGUACUUAAUAAAAAUAUUGAUAUUGUAAGUGUUUUUAAUGAAAUUUAAUCAUUUAGAUCCGCUUCGAUUAGUUUUAAAACAAAAAAAUUAUUUACAGACGCACCGAGGUCGGGAAGUAGACAAGGGUGAGUUUAGGGGUGAAAAACUGUUUAUCUCGAUUUCCGGCAAAACUGCGAGUCGUAUGAAAAAAAGUUAGAUAGUGAAGUUGUAGAUAAUAAGACGAUCUACAACUUUUGUAUUUACACUUUUUUCACAUAACCUCAAAAUUUUUGUGAAAAAUUCAAAAAAACAAUUUUUUUAUUUUAAUCUUUGUUAGGGACUGUUUUAUGCCUUCAUAUGUUUACAAAGAUGAUGAUAAAAGUUACGAAAAUUUUUAUUUAGUAUGAAAAAAGCACCCUAAUUUAAAUCGAAAAAUUUUACGUGAAAUUUCUUGAAAAAAUUACAUUUAAAUCCGUUUCGAUAAUUUUUGAAACAAAAUAAAUUCAUAGUAUAAUAAAACUGCUUGGAAAAAAGGGUUAAUAUCAUAAAAAUGAAAUAAAAAAUAGUUUACGCGCGAUCUGAAAUCGGGAAGUCGAAGGGGGUGAGUUUUUAGGGGUGAAAACGGUUUUUCUCGAUUUCCGGCAAAACUGCGAGUCGUAUGAAAAAAAGUUAAAUAGUGAAGUUGUAGAUAAUAAGACGAUCUACGACUUUUGUAUUAACACUUUUUUCACAUAACCUCAAAAUUUUUGUGAAAAAUUCAAAAAAACAAUUUUUUUUAUUUUAAUCUUUGUUAGGGGCUGUUAUAUGCCUUUAUAUAUUUACAAAGAUGAUGAUAAAAGUUACGAAAAUUUUUAUUUAGUAUGAAAAAAGCACCCUAAUUUAAAUCGAAAAAUUUUACGUGAAAUUUCUUGAAAAAAUUACAUUUAAAUCCGUUUCGAUAAUUUUUGAAACAAAAAAAAAUUCAUAGUAUAAUAAAACUGCUUGGAAAAAAGGGUUAAUAUCAUAAAAAUGAAAUAAAAAAUAGUUUACGCGCGAUCUGAAAUCGGGAAGUCGAAGGGGGUGAGUUUUUAGAGGUGAAAACGGUUUUUCUCGAUUUCCGGCAAAACUGCGAGUCGUAUGAAAAAAAGUUAAAUGGCGAAGUUGUAGAUAAUAAGACGAUCUACAACUUUUGUAUUUACACUUUUUUCACAUAACCUCAAAAUUUUUGUGAAAAAUUCAAAAAAACUAUUUUUUUAUUUUAAUCUUUGUUAGUGGCUGUUAUAUGCCUUUAUAUAUUUACAAAGAUGAUGAUAAAAGUUACGAAAAUUUUUAUUUAGUAUGAAAAAAGCACCCUAAUUUAAAUCGAAAAAUUUUACGUGAAAUUUCUUGAAAAAAUUACAUUUAAAUCCGUUACGAUAAUUUUUGAAACAAAAAAAAAUUCAUAGUAUAAUAAAACCGCUUGGAAAAAAGGGUUAAUAUCAUAAAAAUGAAACAAAAAAAUAGUUUACGCGCGACCUGAGGUCGGUAGAAGUGGAAGAGGGUGAGUUUUUAGGGGUAAAAAACGGUUUUUCUCGAUUUCCUGCAAAACUGCGAGUCGUAUGAAAAAAAGUUAAAUAGUGAAGUUGUAGAUAAUAAGACGAUCUACAACUUUUGUAUUUACACUUUUUUCACAUAACCUCAAAAUUUUUGUGAAAAAUUCAAAAAAACAAUUUUUUUAUUUUUAUCUUUGUUAGGGAAUGUUAUAUGCCUUUAUAUAUUUACAAAGAUGAUGAUAAAAGUUACGAAAAUUUUUAUUUAGUAUGAAGAAAGCACCCUAAUUUAAAUCGAAAAAUUUUACGUGAAAUUUCUUGAAAAAAUUACAUUUAAAUCCGUUUCGAUAAUUUUUGAAACGAAAAAAAAUUCAUAGUAUAAUAAAACUGCUUGGAAAAAAGGGUUAAUAUCAUAAAAAUGAAAUAAAAAAUAGUUUACGUGCGACCUGAAAUCGGGAAGUCGAAGGGGGUGAGUUUUUAGGGGUGAAAACGGUUUUUCUCGAUUUCCGGCAAAACUGCGAGUCGUAUGAAAAAAAGUUAAAUAGUGAAGUUGUAGAUAAUAAGAAGAUCUACAAU